CUGUGCAGUUCAGCAACCUUCAGUAUGUAAAGCGUAGCAGAAGCGAGUUGGCUGUGGCUCAAAUCCAGGAAGUAAACAAUCUGCUCUACUCCGUCUGCUUCAUACCCACAAAAGAAGCGGGGAAGUGAGCACACAAAACAAGAGGCAAGCAUAACAACUAUCAUCAUGAAGAUUGCAGCCUUUAACAUCAGGCGUCUCGGCUUAAGUAAGCUGUCAGAUGAAAACAUCGUAAAGUACCUCAUAAAGAUUGUUUCGCGCUAUAGCAUAAUUGUCAUCCUUGAAGUAGUGGACAAGACAGGCAAGGCCAUGGCUCAAUUCCUGCAAAAGUUGAACAGCACAGGUGCUAACAAGAAACGUCCCUACAGCAUGGAAUUGAGCUCCAGCCUGGGGCGCUCACUGUACAAGGAGCAAUUUGCGUGUCUCUAUAGAUCAGACGAGGUCAAGCUGAUUGACACAUACCAAUAUGAAGACAACCAGGCAGGAGACGAGGACGCCUUCGCGCGAGAGCCCUUCAUUCUGCGCUUCAGAUUAUCUGACAGAAUGAUAAAUGACCUGGUAUUGAUUCCGGUCCACACAAAGCCCAAAGACUCACAGAAAGAAAUAGAUGAGUUGUAUGAUGUGUGCAUGGCUGUCACUGAGAAGUGGAAGACUAACAAUAUAAUGAUGCUGGGGGACUUUAAUGCAGAUGGUGCGUACGUCUCCAAGAAGAAGAUGAAAAAGAUCAGGAUCCGUGGUGACCCAGACUUCCACUGGCUGAUAGGGGAUGAUGUGGACACCACAGCCAGCCAGUCCAACGACCAUACAUACGACAGGAUUGUGGUGUACAAGGACAAGCUGUUGAAGGCAGUAGUGUCGAAAUCAGCAAAACCCUUUAACUUCCAAGACGCCUAUAAGCUGUCGGAGGAAACGGCUCUGGAGAUUAGCGAUCAUUAUCCAGUGGAGGUGAGUCUGAAGAAGAAGAAGAAACCUGUAACAGGACCCAAAAGCCAGUCAAAGGCAGUGAAGCGCAAAGCAAGCUAAUAAGAAGGAAUGUGACUGAAGGAACCACUAUUAUUUUAGAUAUUUUAAGUAACAGGGAUUUUGAAUGAUGUAUGAAGUAAAGGCAGAUUUUUGUGUACAACACAUAAACACACGUUGCCUUAUUACAGUUUAUUAUGAACUCCUGUGUACUGAUACUGUAUGUUUUUAAUGGUGCAGUUAUAUUUUUUUGUUUUUGCUUGUACUGUGUGAUUUUGUCAUUGUUUGACAGACAUGACAAAUAAAACUGAUCUUCAGAAA